AUGGUGACUCCUUCAAGUUUAUCACCUACCUCUUCUUCUUCCUCCUCUUCCUCAUCCUCCUUCUCGUCGUCCUUCUCCUCCUUCUCCCUUGACAACAGUGCCAGUCGUGACAACAGUAUUAGCCGUGACAACAGUGCCAGUCGUGCCAACAGUGCCAGCCGUGCUAACAGUGCCAGCCUUGACAACAGUGCCAGCGGUGCCAACAGUGCCAGCCUUGACAACAGUGCCAGCGGUGCCAACAGUGCCAGCCUUGACAACAGUGCCAGCGGUGCCAACCAACAGUGCCAGCCGUGCCAGCGUGCCAGCGUGCCAGUCGUGACAACAGUACUAGCCGUGCUAACAGUGCCAGCCUUGACAACAGUACUAGCUGUGCUAACAGUGCCAGCCGUGCCAACAGUGCCAGUCGUGACAACAAUACUAGCCGUGCUAACAGUGCCAGCCUUGACAACAGUGCCAGCCUUGCCCAGUGCCAGUCCAGAAAUUAGCCGUGACAACAGUACCAGUCGUGACAACAGUGCCAGCCGUGCCAACAGUGCCAGUCAGUGCCAGUCAGUGACAACAGAAAUUAGCCGUGACAACAGUACCAGUCGUGACAACAGUGCCAGCCGUGCCAACAGUGCCAGUCGUGACAACAGAAAUUAG